UUAAUUUAUUUAAUUUAUAAAACACUAGAGAAUACUAUUAAUAAUUGAAUAAAAAAUGGCAAAAUUUUUAUUAAUUAAUAGUUAUUGUUUAAUCUUAUCUCUACUGACUAUCAAAUUGAUUGUCUGUUUUCAAGUCAAUCAAAAUGCCAAUAAUAUCGCCGGAAAUAAUCACCAAAACGUCAAUGUAAAUGGUGGUGGAGGUGGUGCUGGUGGUUGGGGUGUUGGUGUUGGUGGAGGUUUUAACAUCAAUCAAAAUGCCAAAAAUAUUGCCGGAAAUAACCGCCAAAACGUCAAUGUAAAUGGUGGUGGAGUUGGUGGUUGGGGUGUUGGUAUUGGUGGAGGUUUUAACAUCAAUCAAAAUGCCAAAAAUAUCGCCGGAAAUAACCGCCAAAACGUCAAUGUAAAUGGUGGUGGAAGUGGUUGGAGUGGUGGAAGUCGUGGAAGUUGGAGUGCUGGAAGUACUGGAAAUGGUGGAAGUGGUAGUGGUUGGAGUGUUGGAAGUACUGGAAAUGGUGGAAGUGAUAGUGGCUGGACUGCUGGAAGUACUGGAAAUGGUGGAAGUGGUGGUGGUUUGACUGGUGGAAGUACUGGAAAUGGUGGAAGUGGUAGUGGUUGGAGUGCUGGAAGUGGUAAUUUAAAUACAGGCGGCUCAAAUGGACGAGUAAACAUAGAAGUUGCCCACAGAAGUGGUGGAUCUGGUAAUGAAGCCGAUGGUGGAGCUAAUGGUGGUGGUGCUGGUGGUGCUGGAAGUCAUAGUAAUGGCCGUAUUGUGAGAAGAUAUGAGUCUAUUCAUCCAGUUGCUCAUGAAUGGACAGUUAUAGAACAUGGUGCUGGCGCCGGAAGACUACCAAAUAAUCCUGAAUCAUCAGGUGGUUCAAAUAUUUUAGGUAGUAAUGGUGAUGAUGCCGAAGAUGUUCAUCCCGGUAGUUCAUCAACUUUGGUCGUUAAUAAACCUGGUUCAAUUGGUGGUAGUGGUGGUGGUGCUGAUGGCGGUACUGGUGUUUCUGGCGGUGGUGCAGGUAGUGGUUCAGCUAGUAAUUGGCAUAUAACAGUUGGUAAUGGUGGUCGUGGUGGUGGUGAUGGACGUGGAAGUGGUGGCAUAUCUGGAAUUAAUCAAAUUGCUAGCCAUAAUGGAGGUGCUGUCGAUCAAAAAGUAAUUUUUAAUGGAAACACUGGCGGAGUUGGCGGAGUAGGCGGUGAAAGUAGUAGUAGUAGUAGUAAUGAAUUUGGUGGUAGCAGAAGUAGUGGUGAAUAUGGUGUCGGAACUAAUAUUGUAUUUGGUGGCAGAGUUGAUGGUAGUGGAAGUAGUAGUGUAAGUAGUGGUGUUAGUGGCGGAAAAGGCGGAAGUGGUGGAAGUAGUAGUAGAUUAGGUGGUGGCGGAAGUAGAGUUGAAUAUGGUUUUGUAGGUGAUAGAGGAUUUGGUGGCGGUAGUGGUAGUGGUAGUAGUAGUGAGAGUAGUAGUGGAAGUACCGGUGGAAGUCAUGGAAGUGGUGGCGUAAGUGUUGGUAAUCUUGGAUUGAAUGUUAAUCAAGAAGCAAACAAUGUCGCCGGUGAUAACAAUCAAGUGGUCAACAUUGGCUGAUAAAUUUGUUUUCAAUUUUCUAAUAAUAAUAAUAAUAAUAGCAAUAAUAAUAAUAAUAAUAGCAAUAAUAAUAAUAAUAAUAAU